GGAAUGGUCCUACGGAUGCCUACACUGGAACAAAACUUAGCUCCCAGCUGAAACUACGAUCAGCACGUCGCAUCACCUUACCAAAUAUUCAUAGGCUACUAAAUCUAUAAUUGAUUGGGGAGUUGCGGGUGAAAGGUGCCACGAUACAGACUCAGCAGGUGGGGGGAAAAGAACGCAGCUGCGUGAGGAGCUCUUAGUUCUCCUUUCCGAGGAUUACGACGCAUAUAUAGGUAGACAAUGCUUUCUUCCUAAGCUAUUCGAAGGCUAGCCGCCAAUAGACCUUCCAAAGAUCGAGCUCUGGUUCUAGUAAGUGGUCUUCUUUCAUCUUGCAAGUCCUUUCUCUUCAUGAUGGGUUGUUGCUCCUCAAGACAGACCAUGGAAAUUUCAGGAGGGGGUGAAAUGCAGAAUAUUGCUCAAAAGUCUAGUAUAAACGUAAAUAAUCUCUGCUCGCGAUGUACGGAAAUUAAUUGGAGGGGCAUAAUACAGCAGGCGUGCGAGGCACCCGUACGACAGGUCAUUCACUGGCCGCCCCAGGACGAUAUGUCUGCAUCGCCACAGAGCUUUGAACCAGAAGAAAGCUAUCUUCUCAAGAUUGAGGUUUCGGAGUUGAAAGACAACUGUCCAGUUUGUCUCUUAUUUUCCGCUCUUGCCAGGGAAGAGGAACGUCAUGGUCAUAAAGUUGAACAGUUCACAUUUCAAAGAGAGGAUGCAGAGAAUUUCUACGGCGAUGCAAAUACACUGUAUCCAAGACCUUAUGGUACUAUGGACUACCAAGAUCCGGAAUUGUCCAUUGCCAAUGAGUCAUGGUGCAGCGAUGUUGUUCUAGGUCUCGCGAUACAGGAGAGUGCGAUCGGUUCUAAUGACGUUUCGAGAACUCUCCGGAAAAUAGACCCGGCGAAGAUCAAUAUCGACCUUUUGAAAUAUUGGGUUUCGACAUGUUAUGACCAACAUGGAAAAGAUUGCAACCCGGCCGAAUCCGAGCUGAUACCUUCCCUCCGUGUCAUUGACGUACGUACGGGAAUCAUUGAGAAAGCCCAACCCAGAUGCAAAUAUGUUGCUCUGAGUUACGUUUGGGGUAGCUCACAGCCGCCUAAAAAUAACUCUCAGAAUGGCCAGGGCCGAGGCCUGUUAGAUAUAGCCCCAGAAACUAUUAAGGAUGCGGCCUGGCUCACCGAGGAGUUGGGGUAUCGAUAUAUAUGGAUUGAUAGGUAUUGCAUUCCGCAGGACGAUCCCCAAGCUAAACACGACCAAAUUCAAAGAAUGGAUCUAAUAUACCAACAGGCAGAAUUGACUAUUAUCGCUGCUGCAGGCGAAGGUCCUGAGUUCGGGCUCCCAGGGAUCGGUGAUAGAAAGCGUGACGCACAGCUUUCCGCAAAAGUGGACAGGGAUACUUACCUUGUCUCAACUGAGCCAAUGUGCGAGUCUUUCUUUAUGUCAAAGUGGAUCACAAGAGGCUGGACGUACCAAGAGUCAAUUUGUUCUCGAAGAUGUGUGGUUUUCACCAAAAAGGAGAUGUUCUUUCAAUGUAAGGGGACGGCUUGUCGGGAGACAGUACGUGAGCCGGGAAGUAAGGAUUUCUUCAUCGGCAGGCUAGACGAAGGCCCAAUAAGCUUACGAGGACAGAAAUUGACUGUAUGGGACCAUAUCGAGAUGUACUGUCACCGGCAAUUAUCCUUCGACAGCGAUGCUCUGAAUGGAAUUCUUGGAAUCUUCCGGCUUCACCAGCAGAGUGAGGACUCAGUGUAUCACUUUUGGGGGAUUCCUUUCUCCGCCAAGGAUAUUGAGUCAGUCGAACAAGGUUUCCUUGCCAGUCUUUGUUGGACAUCUGAAAUUGACCCGGAAUCUACGACUGGUGUUAGAGAGAUUCGUCGUCAAGGCUUCCCAAGCUGGUCCUGGACCGGGUGGAAAACGCCAAUCAGACGGGUUUUUAAUGAAUACAGGAGACCUCCGCCUUUAGAUGGCAAAGUUUCGGUUCAUUUCAAUGAUGGAUCAAUCUUGGGGUUCCAGGAUGCUUUUGAGCGGAAUAUAAAGAAAAGCGAGUUUGAAAGGCUUCCAAAGUUUCUCAAUAUUGAGUGUUGGACUUUUGAACUUCAAUCUAACGUCCUAGAACUAUGCCAGGAGAACCCUGGUGAUGGAAGUUUCGAUGUAUGGGUUUGGCCAGCCGGCAAUUCCGCACUAGAUGAGAAGUCGAGAAUUGCGAUGUCCCUAUCACUAGAUGGAGACAUUCCACCUGACCUCUUGUCUAACUCGAACGGGCGAUUAUUGGGCCUUGUCUUCGAAAGCAGGGAGAAAGUCAUAGUACCCAGGCAUUCUCUAGAGUCAUGUGAAGUUGUCGCAGAUUUUGUGAUAAUAGUCAUGAAGAAAGGAGAUUAUUAUGAACGGAUCGGGUUUAUUCAACUCCAUCAUAAUGGGCUUAAUCGGAUAUCUACCACAACUUUCAAGCGCAUCACACGACACGGCUCCUCGAUCCAUUCAGAUAGCUCACUGUCUUUCCCUCCUAUUAACUUUGAUGAUCACGACGUGUUUCGUAUCGAGAAUUGGCUUCCAAGGGAGUUCACUUGGCGGGAGAUCAGAAUUGGGUGAUAGCAUUUUCUUCUAGGCGUGGAUUGAAUGAGAACCAUGCGUCUAGGCUUUAUUUACACGACUCUUACCAUAGAAUGACUCUAUUUUUGAGUAAGAAA